AUGAGCCAGCAAGACGAUAUUAACUACCAAUUAGAAACUUUAGCCAUCCGUACUGGUCACACCCGUAGCUUUGAGGAAGCUGCCGCAAAAUUUUCAGGCCAAGAGCCGGGUAAUAUCUACUCUCGCUUUACUAACCCGACCGUUGCCAUGUUUGAAAAGCGUCUGGCUGCUUUAGAAGGUGCAGAGCGCGCCGUUGCCACCAGUUCA